AGCGGGACGCCGCGUCCCGAGCGGCCGGCGGCCGGAGCUCGCCCCCGCCCCUCCCUCCUCUCCUCCGGCGGCGGCGGCGGCGGCGGCGGGCGGAGUGAGCUGCGGAGCCUGGAAUAUGGUCGGGGAAAUGGAAACGAAGGAGAAGCCGAAGCCCACCCCAGAUUAUUUGAUGCAGCUGAUGAACGACAAGAAGCUCAUGAGCAGCCUGCCCAACUUCUGCGGGAUCUUCAACCACCUCGAGCGGCUGCUGGACGAAGAAAUUAGCAGAGUACGGAAAGACAUGUACAAUGAUACGUUAAAUGGCAGUACAGAGAAAAGAAGUGCAGAAUUGCCUGACGCGGUGGGACCCAUUGUUCAGUUACAAGAGAAACUUUAUGUGCCUGUAAAAGAAUACCCUGAUUUUAAUUUUGUUGGGAGAAUCCUUGGACCUAGAGGACUUACAGCUAAACAACUUGAAGCAGAAACGGGAUGUAAAAUAAUGGUCCGAGGCAAAGGCUCAAUGAGGGAUAAAAAGAAGGAGGAGCAAAAUAGAGGCAAGCCCAAUUGGGAGCAUCUAAAUGAAGACUUACAUGUACUAAUCACUGUGGAAGAUGCUCAGAACAGAGCAGAAAUCAAGCUGAAGAGAGCAGUUGAAGAAGUGAAGAAGUUACUGGUACCUGCGGCUGAAGGUGAAGACAGCCUGAAGAAGAUGCAGCUGAUGGAGCUUGCAAUUCUGAAUGGCACCUACAGAGACGCCAACAUUAAAUCACCAGCCCUUGCCUUUUCUCUUGCAGCAACUGCCCAGGCUGCUCCAAGGAUCAUCACUGGGCCUGCGCCUGUCCUCCCACCAGCUGCUCUGCGUACACCUACGCCAGCUGGCCCUACCAUAAUGCCUUUGAUCAGACAAAUACAGACCGCUGUCAUGCCAAACGGAACUCCUCACCCAACUGCUGCAAUAGUCCCUCCAGGGCCUGAAGCUGGGUUAAUCUACACACCCUAUGAAUACCCCUACACGUUGGCACCAGCUACAUCAAUCCUUGAGUACCCUAUUGAACCCAGUGGUGUGUUAGGUGCGGUGGCUACUAAAGUUCGAAGGCACGAUAUGCGUGUCCAUCCUUACCAAAGGAUUGUGACCGCAGACCGAGCCGCCACCGGCAACUAACCUAUGACCUUCUGACCUCUGAACUCUUCACCCAAUGAUGACCUGACCAUGCCUGCCUGCUGAUCAGUUAACUGGUAAUCGCCUUUGCUUGCCUGUCGUCAGUGCAGCGAGCUGAGGCACUUGUCCGUUCGUCUUACCAUCUAACCAAACAAAAGACAAAGAAAUUGUCCUCCAACUCAGCUUUUCCCCCCCUGUUUGGGUGAAAGUGGUUCUAGAACCUGCACUGAAUAGUAGUAAAGCAAUAAGGCCCGAUUCAUCCCACAGCACUGAUCAUCUCUCAAUGCCCCACCCCAAGCGAACGGUAAGAAGGCCUCUCUUAAGAAGGGGAGACAGAUGGCCCUAACUACUCAGUGACAGAGGCAGUUACUGUGAGAGACUUGUAGGAAUUUUUUUCUUCUCCUAGCGAAGUCAAAGCUCUCUCUGAAUGUACUGUGUGACAAUGCAUCAUGCAUGAACCUUCGGUCAGGGAUGUCAUUGGGGAAGUGACUUCAAAAGUAUUCAAAAUUUGACAUGCUGUUUGUUUAGUCACUACAGUGCCCUCAAAGGGCAGACAGUGCAGCCUUUUUAUAUUGCCUGCCAAAAUUUGAAGUAUUAGAACAAAGUGUGCCAUGAGAGAAAAACUUAACAAGGAGUUUUGAAAAGAAAUGCAAAGAACAAAACUACAACACUAUUUUUUAAAAAGUUGAGUAUCUGAGUUAAAAUUUCCAAAUCUUUAUUUUACACCACCUUAAAUAUUAUACGAGAACAAGGUACAUGCAUUAUGUGUCACAUUACUGGGCAAACUGUUCAAAUAUUUUUUUUAAACCUCCCUGUAUAGAAAAUCUCAUUAAGGAUGUAAAAGCCAUGCUUGCCUAUUUGCUGUAUACAUGUAAUGAAAUUGUAGAUAAAGUGUAGUGCAUUGAAACAAAUGAACAAAAAGUAGAUACUUUUACUAUACAAGGGUGCUGGUGCAGAAAAAUAUAUAUAUUUUUGGAAAUGUAGCAUUUUAUACUUUCAAGUGUUAUAAAAAAAAAAGAAAAAGAACAAAGAAACCCUUUAUUUCAUUAAAUGAUUUUUUCUGGUGGUUGUCAAGAAACAAAAGACCAAAAGAGCCUUUUUGUCUUUCUUUUUUAUUUUUUAAGUAUUGGAAUAAGUCUAACGAAAAAGAAAGUGCCUUAUUUUUCUUCAUGGUCAUUUAGUCAAGUGUCCUGUAAGAUCAGCUCCUCCCUCAGAAUAAAGUUACUGCAUGUUCCUCAGUCGCCCAGUAUGUGAAAGGAGAUAUGAGAGGAGACAAAUGAGUUGAUGGUCUAAAUUAUAAGAUUUGUGUCAUGUUAUCUUGAUGCCAGUUUGCCAAAUCUGAUACUGUGAAAAAAUUUGAUAGCUUUUCUAAUGUCUGACUAGUAAAUUUUAAAAAUGUCAUUCUUUUACAAAUCAUAAUUAGUACUUUUGGUUAUUACCGUCUUCAGUGUUAGCCCAAAGAUUCUGAGGUUUAGAAAAAAAUUAUGUGAGAUCUGAACAUCAGUUUACAGACAAAAUUAAAUUAGAGCUUUAUUUUAUUUGGAGAAGAGGGAUACAAUGGAAUUUUUCCUUACCAAUUAGAAAUAAUCGUAAUGCCUAAAAAACUUUUUCACAAAAAUGAAUCUUUGAAAUUUUUUAUUGUUGAAAAAGUGUUAGUAACAUAAAUCUAAUGAGCUAUCUCAUGUAGUCCAUCUCGGCUGGCUUUAGUAACUGCUCCUAACUCACCUUUCUAACUCUAAAGGAGCCUGGAAAGCCUGCAUCACAGUGUUCAGGGACUGCUCGGCUCCAUUCCUUCUCCUCUCCAGGUUCUCUCUUGAAAGUCAAACAGUUUUGUAGUUGAAGCAGUUUGUGUGCAAAGCCUGCAUCUAAACACUUGAGUUAAUAAGUCAUUAACCGCUCAGUACCAGAUGUGGCAAAUCUCAAGUGAUUGUGGACUCCUGGCUCAUCAACUCAUGCCCUCUUCCAUACCCUCAUGGCUUCACAGUCAAGGUCAGCAGGAAGCUCAUUGGUCACCUUCAUGGUGACCUCUCCAUUAUUCUGUCUCACUUGGAACCAUUUUCAGUUUAUUUACUAUGCAAUAGACAGUCCUUGUUUUGUACUCAGCUAGCUUUGAUUUAAUGUACCACUGCUUUGUCUUUCUGUUACACAUAUGGUUUUGAUUUAUUUACAAUAUAUGCUGUGCCAUUUUGAUUUUUAUUUUGGUUGGUUGGUUGAAUAAAUAUGCGACACUCAGAACACUUGAGGUGAUAGCUUAAAAAAAAAAAACAGUACCAGUAUUUGAUCCAGUCUCAUCUCAGCUGUGUUAUACCUGGACAUUUUAGAUGUUUAUCAAAGGUCUUUUAUGGGGAAGAAAGCAAAUGUGUAAAACAGUAGACGUGUGACGUUUAUGAGUAAUGCUGGCUCUGAACAAACUUUUGAAAACUUAGUUGACAGUGUUUUGAGUCAACUGAAAAAAAGCAUGACUUUUGGAAUCUCUGAAUGCCUUGGUUCUCAGUAUUAUCACUCUAUUGAAUUUUUUUCUUAUUAAAGUAUGUAGUUUAAAAGUAAGACUUUUUUCCUGACAGUAUUAUGUAAUUUUUAGCGUGGGUAGAUGGGAGUGUCGCUUGUAUGUUCCCAUACAGCUGACAUGUAUUUUUUGUCUAUUCUUUAUUAUCUUAGUAGUUUCAUGCUGUGUAUGUACCAUAACCAACCUAUUGCCUAUGAGAAACAUGUAAGAUAAUGUAUUUACAGCCAUUGUUACAAGUUUAUAAUGUAUUUUUCUAUCUUGUUUUAUAUGUAUGUUAUAUAACAUUCAAAAGAAUUUUUUUCUUGAUUGAGAAAAGGAUACAAAAUGCAAAAUCCACAAUUUUGAUAACUGAAAAUUGCCAAUUGUUUUGCAGUACUUUAUUAUAUUGGGUGUCUUGUCUUUCUUGGGCUUUUAGUUAGCUGAUGAAUGAAUACAUUAGACACUUCUGGGUUUUAGUUGGGAUUUUACAUAGCUUGCAUUUUAGUUCUUUGGUUCUUUGCUGUUUCUAUUAACCCAUAGCAUUAUUUUAAUAAAUGUUAUAAUACCAACCUACUAACUCUGGACUAUGUUUGUUUAUUAACCUUUACAUGUUUAAUGAAAACAAACAGGGAUAAAUAAAGUCUUGAGUUCCUGGACUAACACUGAAGAACGUGACCAGAGAUAACAUAGCGUGACUUGUUUUCUAUGUUGUUUGUCAGCUGACAGUUGUGCACACCUCUGCUAAAAUGGCUUUGGGUCCUCUGGUCUUUUACCAUGUAGGGUAAGUGCCAGUGGAGAUGGGAGCAGGGUAGCAUCUGUCAGUCAUUUCUCCUAGUCAUGCCACUGGCCUUUCAGCAUCUGCAAUACUAAUUCCACACUUUAUUUUUCCUGCUCCAAAAUAAUCACUCUCUGCUCACAGCAUAAAGAGUCAAGAGAUUUACUGUAAUGAUACGCCUUGAGAGACCAGUUUGAUUCUUUGUUGAGUCUUUUGCCUAAAUUUCUGUGAACAGGCCAGUUUUGGUCUCACAGAGUUCAUAGACGAUAUUUCUCCUGUGUUGUUUAGAUAGCUGCUCCUAUUAGAGUUAAGUCGGCCUCUCGAGGUCUUGCAGUCCCAUCCUGUCUAUGAUCCCCCCCCCACCCCCCCUUUUCAGUGUCUUGAAGAGCUCAACUUGGGUGGCUUUCCCCUUACCCACUUCCAGAACAGCCUAGACAACUACACAGGAAGCACGGCAGAGACAAACACUGUAAUCUGCCGUGUGUGUGUUUGGUUAAAUUCUACAGAGAAGUAGAUUUAAGAUCCUUCUUUCUCCCAUUCUUCACUUGGCUGUGCUCUCUGUAAAGAGACCUCUUCUUCAGCACUUGAGUCCAUUUUUGUGUCCAUUUUGUGACAGUUACCUUGUCUGAGGGAAAAAAAUUUUUUUUGACAUGAUCCAAAACAAACAAACAAAAAACUCCUCUUAGAAUGAUUUUUACUUUUGAAGUAAUGGUGUAUAUUUUGAAAUUGUAUUUAAGAAUCCUUAAAAUUAAGGGUUGAGUUCUAUCAUAACUUCUGAAAGGACACUGUUAAAAUACUGCUCUGUGCAUAUAUGAAGCUCACAAUAGUGAGCCUAGUUUAAUUAUCUCUGAUCAUUUUUGGUCCUGUACAUAUGGAAUAUCUCUGUUAAGAGGAGGAGACCAUGUCAUAUCAUUGGGUAGACAGGUGCCCAUUGCCUUAACAAGUAUGUUUAGUGCUCAGUGAUCGUUUCAGACACUGUCAAGCUUCUGCUGCACAAAAGCCCCAAUGUUAAUAUGUUACAACAGUUGAUGAAGAACUUAUGUGUUGUUUAAUGUUCUCGGAACCCUGUGUAUGCAGUCUCAUCUUGUUUUCAGUGAGGGCACUUGAUUUAUGUCUCAUCACCACCAUUCCUAUUGAAAAUGUUGCUCAAAGAUAGUCUCACAUGGUGAAAAUAGUGUGGUAUGCCACAUUUUCAUGUAAGUGCAGUAGUAUCACACAGCCGGAUGAUGGGAUAGGAAUGUGUCACUUUCUUAGUUGAUGCUAUUUGGUGAAAUGGUUAUCUGUGUUUUAUUCAAAAGGCUGGUGAUAUUGAUGUACUUAGUGAAGUAUUUUUUAUUUUUAUUUUUCUUUAGGCAAAAUAUCUAGGAAAACAUGAUAAGAAAAUUAUAUUCACUUCAUUGUAGUGCAGCAUUUUCAUGUAUGGCAGUGCCUGUGUGAGGGAGUUGUAGAAAUGCCCUGUUCAUUGGGGAGAAAAAAAGGUUUUAUGUGCACACAAGAAAGGUGUUUGGUUAAAUUUAUGGGUGUAAAGUGUGUGUGUGUUUGCGCGCACGCGUGCGCCUAUGCACACUCAUGCACGCUCUGUUCGCUUGUAUGCCUGGACUAGAAUGCCUGACUAUUCCUUGAUGACAGCUGUUAUUCUCGACCUCAGGGUUUUGGUGGAAUGAAACAUGUUGCCAAAGUAACAGUUAAGUUUCUUGGUCUCCCACAUUUUUCAAAGUACAUAGGAUAAUGUGCUUAAUCACAUUUAAUCACAUUUUGUCACAAAUCAUUUAAUACCUGUACAGUGGAAAUAAUAACCCAUUUUAUGGACAUACCAAUUUAGACAUAUCCAUGGUACAUGUAGUACCUGGUUUAUCCUGUAUAAAAUUACCUAAAUUGUGAGUUGUCUUUAUUUUAAAGAGGUUUGACAAAAGUGUAUGUAUAGCUGGUGCUCAAUGCUGAAUCAAACUGGUCAAACUGAAGCACAGUACACUCCUUAUUGUUUCUGCUGCACUAAUUGCCAGGGGUGGGAGAGGAGGAGCAGCAACUAAUCCAUGGUGGGCAGAUGUGGGCAGGAGGUGCUGUAUGUAGUGACUGGGCAAAGUGGAGCUCAACAUUACUUGAAGUUUGCUAUCCCCUGGAGAGAUACUGCCAGCACUGGGACAGUCUCAGAACCAGGGUAAAAUUAAUUUAUAUCUCUUUAAAGGUUCUAUUAUUACAAAGUUUUGAGCCAAAUAUAUCUAUAUAACCUACAUUAUAUUGGUAUGUAUAAAAUUUUGACUUGUAGAAGUUGUAUAUAUAGGGAUAUACAUAUAUAUAUGUAGAUAUUCCUGAAUCAUACAGGAAUGAGAAACUGCAAAUGACUGUACACAACAUACAAUAAAAAACUGGACAAGUGCAUGUGCCGCAUCUUCUCAAGCCAACAAUAAGAUGACAGUGUAGCUGCCCCAGGCACAGAGAAAUGAAUACCAAAGUACAGAGCGGAGUUAAGUGUCUACUCCUCCUUUAAGCACUGCAUAGAAAAUUAAAGAAUCUCACAAUCAAGAAUUGUAGUAAUUAACAGAUCACUGUUUAUAAGAAGGAAAUCGGUGAACUUUUGUCGUGUUCCCCAGCUGAUCUGAGCAUCCAAAACAUUACCAUGCUAAUCUUUAAGAAACAUUCGUAUGGCUUUUAGGUAGUUUUCUAAAUGUAAGAAUUCUUGGGAAAGGAGUGAGGAUGUAUCUCAGUUGGUGAAGUUACUAGCUUAGAGUGCAUUCCUGGCACCAUUAAAUUAAAAAAAGAACCAAAUCUUGGCCUAUCUACUUUGUGAAAAGGACUGAUUUUAUAGGCACAUCAUUAAAGUUUCCUUUUGACAUGUAAAUUUCACAGCUCUUUGACCUUUAAGAUAACCAGUUUUUCUUGUUAUAUUUGGAAGUUCCUUUGUCUUCUAACUGCUUACUGGAAGGGGGGGAUAUCCUUUUCAUAUACCUCCAAAGGUAUAUAUACUGGGACCUCUGUACUUUUGAUGGCAUAGCACACAUUAAAAGUCUGAUUAGAUUUUUCACCAGAUCUUCUCUUCAAAGAUCACAUUCUCAUAGUAGUUAGUUAUAAUCUGAAAAUAGAUUUUUUUUUCCUUGUCCUCAAAGAUAUCUCUGUUAAGCCCACCACUAUUAGAAUUACACCUAGGGCGCUUAGAAUCACACAUAGGAGUUAUUGCAUAGUGUGCAAGGUCUAGGAAUAUGAUUUCUAUCUUCAGACACUACCCUCGCUACCCUGCCUUCUCAAAAAAGGUGGCCACUAGAAGGUGAUUCAUCAGGUAAAAUGCUUUCCCUGCAACCCUUACAUCUAGAUUUGAUCUCUGUGACCCAUAGUAGAAGGAAAGAACCAAAGAUGUGUUCUGUCUUCAGCAUGUGAGCCAUGGCAUGUGAAGCUCAUACACACCACAAACAAUAAAAGACUUUUUAAAUCACUGUCA